AUGACUUCUGCCACUCCGAAAUUGCUUCCCGUAUCCACCGGCCCACGCCUUAUCGUUUACCACCAGACCUACCACGACUCCAACGGCAACUACCACUCGCUGCUUCCGCUGCUCACCAACAACACCGGUAUCACGCAUGUGAUUAUUGCGGCCAUCCACCUCAACGACGGCGCGGGAAACAUAACGCUGAACGACCACCACCCCGAUGACAAGAGGUACGACCAGCUAUGGGGCGAAGUGAAUUGGCUACAAGGUAGCGGGGUCAAGGUGCUGGGUAUGCUGGGAGGAGCAGCAAAGGGCAGUUUCGAGAAGCUUAGUGGAGAGGAAGAGAAUUUCGAAGCAUACUACUCGCCCCUUCGCGACCUGAUACGCCGUUACUCCCUCUCAGGCCUCGACCUCGAUGUCGAAGAAGAAACCACCUUAUCUACCAUCACGCGCCUUAUAUCCCGCCUGCGCACCGACUUCGGUCCCGAGUUCGUCAUAACUCUUGCGCCCGUGGCCACGGCCCUUAUUCCCGACCCCAACAUUCCCGCGCACCUUCGCCCUCCCCGCCCCAUGCUCGCAUCGGGACCGAGCCCCAAUCCUCUGCACCCCACUUUACCGCACCUCAGCGGGUUCAGCUAUCCAGAGCUGGAGUGCAGUGUUUACGGUAAAGAGAUCAGCUGGUACAACACACAAUUCUAUUGUGGAUGGGGUGAUGCAGGGAGGACAGAGUGGUAUGAUGCAAUCGUAGCGGCGGGCUGGAAGCCAGAAAAAGUGGUUCUGGGUGUUGUCACGAACCCUGGGAAUGGGGCCGGACACGUUAAUAUACAGAAACUAGCAGAUAAUUGCAAGAAGUUACGACAAAAGUAUGGGAAUACUGGCAAAGGCUUUGGGGGUGUAAUGGGAUGGGAGUACUUUAAUGCUGGAGAUUGCGAAGAAGAUCUUGUCCACGUUUCGAGUCUGGAGUUGGAUAAUGAUACCGUGCAGGCUGGAUGGGUCAAGGCACUGGGCAGGGUGUUGCGCACAGAGGAAGAAACCAACACGGGGCAAACACCAUUGCAAGGUAUCACAGCUGAUCAGAUCCGCAGCAUGGUGAGUAACCUCCCUACUGCUAGAGCAGCUUGGCCAGACGAAGAGAUAGGCAAAUUGGUGGUGUUGGGGUUCUCGCGUCAAGAGGCUAUUGCAGCAUUGAAUGCUACGGAUGGAAAUACGGAAAUGGCAGCGGGGUUCUUGUUUGAACAUUACCCGAGUUAG